UCCUAACCCACAGACCUCUCCUCCCGUAGCGCAGCAAAGCGGGGCCGCCUCAGAGAAGAAGUGAACGCUAAGAUGUAUCGAUGGAAAAGGUAAUAAAUGGAGGGAAUGGAAUGUAUCAAUCAGACCCUCGAUGAGUCGAACAACAUCGAUGGACAACAUGGCACCAGCGGAGUAGGAAGCUGAGUCUGGAAAUGCUGCAGCAGAGUCGCUGAUGUCAUGAUGAGGACCUAUACCCGUGGGGCCCCCACAGUCUUCUUCAUAAGUCUACUGUGGGCCACCGUCGCCGUGGGCCCAGCGCUGAGCGCCGUGGAGGUGGACUCCAGCGGGGGCAUCCCUUUCCUGGGCGGCAACUACAACGGGCACCCCAUGCUGUACUUCAGCCAAUCGGACGUGGAGGACCUCCAGAGGGCCGCGGCCCAGACCCACCAGGGCAUCGCCGGCCGCAUCCGUGAGGCUGGGGAGGCCAUGCUGGAGCACCCCGAGGAGUACCUGCCCCCCUGGAGCCCGGCCGAGUUCAGCGCCCGCUGGAACGAGGUGUAUGGCAACAACCUGGGAGUGCUGUCCAUGUUCUGUCUGCUCUACCCUCACCGGGCCGGCGCGCUGGAUUUGGUCAAGGACUACAUGGAGAGGAUGGCAGCUCAGCCCAGCUGGUUGGUGAAGGAUGCUCCGUGGGACGAGGUGCCCAUGGCCCACUCCCUGGUGGGCUUCGCCACGGCCUACGACUUCCUGUACGAGUACCUGAGCAAGCGGCAGCAGGAGCGUUUCCUGCAGGUCAUCGGCAACGCCUCGCGCUACAUGUACGAGAAGUCCUACCACCGCGGCUGGGGCUUCCAGUACCUGCACAACCACCAGCCCACCAACUGUGUGGCCCUCCUGACGGGCAGCCUCGUCCUCAUGACCCAGGGUUACCUGCAGGAGGCCUACCUGUGGACCAAGCAGGUGCUGGACAUCAUGGAGAAGUCCAUGGUGCUGCUGCAGGACGUGGCGGACGGCUCGCUGUACGAGGGCGUGGCCUACGGGACCUACACCACUCGCUCCCUCUUCCAGUACAUGUUCCUGGUGCAACGCCACUUUGCCAUCGGCCACUUCGACCACCCCUGGCUGCAGAAGCACUUUGCCUUCAUGUACCGCACUCUCCUACCAGGAUUCCAGAGGAGUGUUGCCAUCGCCGACUCCAACUACAACUGGUUUUACGGGCCAGAGAGCCAGCUGGUGUUCCUGGAUCGCUACGUCAUGCGCAACGGCAGCGGCAACUGGCUGGCCAACAUGAUCCAGAAGAACCGCGUGGUGGACGGCCCAGGGCAGGCCGGGAAAGGCCAGCGAUGGUGCACGCUGCACACCGAGUUCCUCUGGUAUGAUCCAAAACUAACACCCACACCUCCCCCCGACUACGGCACCUCUCGCCUUCACUACUUUGAGGACUGGGGCGUGGUGACGUACGGAAGCGCCCUGUUGGCCAAGCCCAACCAAACGUUUCUCUCCUUCAAGUCCGGCAAGCUGGGAGGGCGCGCCAUAUUUGACAUUGUGCACAAGAACAAGUACAAAGACUGGAUUAAGGGCUGGAGGAACUUUAACGCCGGGCACGAGCACCCGGACCAGAACUCCUUCACCUUUGCGCCCAACGGAGUGCCAUUCAUCACAGAGGCGCUCUACGGUCCAAAGUACACAUUCCUCAACAACGUGGCCAUGUUUUCCCCGGCCGUGUCGGAGAGCUGCUUUGCACCAUGGGAAGGCCAGCUCACCGAGGCCUGCAACUCCAAGUGGCUCAAGUACAAGCACGGCGCGGCGGCUGACUGCCACGGCCGGCUGGAGGCGGUCCUGGAGAGACAGGGCAUGGUGUUCAUUCGCGGAGAGGGCAAGUCUGCCUACAGCGAGGAGCUGAAGAUCCAGAGUUUCCAGAGGAACCUCCUCCUGCUGCACCCUCAGCUGCUGGUGCUCGUGGAUUACGUCCUGCUGGACGAGGACAGCCCGACGACGGCCAUGAGCGCCUUCUUUCACAACACCGACCAGCCGUUCAAAGACAUUGAAAUGGACGGCGGCGUCCACGGCGCCUUCAUCAAACCAAACGAGGACGCCUACAAGAUGUUCUGGAUGGACGACAUGGGCCACAGUGAGAAAGGAGUGGUGGGCUACAAGGGCUAUCCGCGCGGAUACCCUUACGACGGCUCCAAUUACGUGAACGUGACCAUGCCCCUGAGGAGCCCCCACAGCAGGGUGGCCUACAUCUUCUUCGGGCCAGGGGUGGAGGUGCUGAGCUUCAACAUGAGGGGGGACGCCGAGCGGGUCAACAUCGACAUCUCCACCAAGGAGCACCGCUACACCGUCUACCUGCUCACGGGAGACAAGGCCAGCAAGCCCCUGUUCGCCAUGGUGCUCGCCGACGACAACAAGAAGAUUGUGUUUGAGAAGGCGGCGGGCGUGAGGGACGGGGAGCUGCCGGAGGUGGAGGAGUACGCCAACGUGGUGGAGGACAACCUGCAGCACGUCAAGCCCGUCUUCCAGCACAUGGAGCGGCAGAUCCUGGCGCGCGUGCUCAACACGGACAGCUUCCGCAAGACAGCCGAGCGCCUGCUGCAGUUCUCCGACAGCGGCGACAGCAACGGCAACAAGAGGAGGAAGGCCACGGAGGACGCCGUGGAGAAAAUGUUUGCCCUGACCAAGAGGCAAAUGAAGGCCAAGCUCGGGGUCGGCAAGAAGGGCAACCUGGCCGAAAAGCUCCCCGUCGACGGCCUCCCGGACAUUUUCGCCCUGAUCGAGGGCAGCGAGAAGAAGGAGCGCCAGAGGACGAUGAAGCGCGUGUAUGAGGAGCUCCCCGAGGAAGGCGACGGCGACUCCAGGGCUUUCGUGGACUACUCCGACAUGCGCAAGGGCAAAAAAGGCGCCUUCAUCAAGGGCCGCAAGUACAAGGAAGUGCACAUGCUGGCAACGGCCAAGAGCGAAGACCUGUCCAACGCCACCUCCUACAUACGGAUAUUCCUCAUCCUCAACAUCGCCACCUUCAUCCUGCUCCUGGCCGUGCUGCUGACGCGCUUCCAGAGGGCCCAGAGCCUGCACACGCAGAGGUGCUUCUACUGCGUGCUGCUCAUCGACAGCUUCAUCCUGCUGUUUCUGUACUCCUCCUGCUCCCAGGCACAGUGCUGACGCCCCCUGCUGGUGAUGCACUGUAAAGACCAAGACAGUGACGCAUAGAACCAGCUCAAGACAAUAUUAUAUAUUGCAUUGAUUUCUUCUGGGAAGGUGUUGGUUAAUUUUUCAAUUUUAGCGUAGAGAUAUCCUGAAAACAAUGGAGGCAACAUGCCAUGGAAAUCCCUUUGGUUACACAGUUUUUGGUUGAUUCUAUGCAUCACUUUUUGGUUUUACAGUUCAACACAGUUGGUAGGGCAGAAAUCGAAUCCAUUAUCUUCACACGCUACCACUUAACAGCGGGACUGAGCAUGUGUCUUGCACACCCAACUGGAGUCAACCUGCAUGGCGGGAGCGGCGGUUGUCGUCGAGGAAAUGUUAAUUCCAAAUUGGAAUUGAUGUAUUACCAUGUUUUUAGCCAGAUCGCCUUUUUUGAGAUUGUAAGCUUCUGUGGAGCUGCAGAAUCAAAGUUUGUGUGAGCUCUGAACUCUUGACAUGCAACAGGACCUAUUUUCUCGUGCCAUCAAGAUCUCCCUGGCUAGCCACUAAACCACACUGAUGUCAUGUCAUGUCAUGUCAUGGCUUAUCUAUGCAGAAUGAUUUUUUUUUUUAAUAACGCAGAAUGGUCAACUUCCAAUGCCUCUGAAGAAUAUAUAUAUAAGUGUAUAUAUGUUAAAGCAAGAUAUAUUUUUCAAGUUAUUUUAUACCCUUUGUAAUUAAAACACAGAAAUACAA